UUCACUUUAAAAGAAUUGAGUAAAGAUGGACUCUCGUAUAAAAUUUAUCUGAUGAAUCGUUUGGCAGUUUCUGAAGUAUUAAUUAAUAAUCUUAUUGUGUUAAAUAAAAAUCUUAAACAUUAUCUAAAAAGUUAUUCAAUUGGAUUUAUUAAUGUGUAUGCUUAAUAAUUAAAAAUGAUUGUUCAGGAACCAGUUCAAGCUGCCAUAUGGCACUGUCUUAACCAUUAUGCCUAUGCUGACGCUAUUUUUCUAGCAGAACGACUCUUCGCAGAAGUUGACACAGAAGAUACGCUUUUCCUAUUAGCUACAUGUUAUUAUCGUGCUGGAAGAGUACGACAGGCCCAUGGAUUGUUAAGUAAAAAGGCUCCAAGUUCAUCUCAAUGUCGUUUUCUUCUAGCAAAAUGUUGUUAUGAUCUCGAAAAAUAUGCAGAAGCCGAAGCAGCCAUUGUUGAUGGCUAUUAUAAACAGUUGAAAAAUUUAGAAGAAAUAAUUCAUCAAUUUGGUGAUCAAGCAUGUUUUUCCUUACAAAUAAUUGCUAAAAUUUAUUAUAAAAUGACAAGAACUGCUAAAGCUAACGAGGCUCAUAAACUAGCUCUCAAAUUAAAUCCAUUUCUUUGGCAUUCAUUCGAAGAACUUUGUAAUGUUGGAGAAAAAGUUGAUCCUAAUAAAGUUUUUCAAUUAGAUAAACUAGAAAAUUUUGCAAUGUGUCAUGGAACUAAUCAAUUAAAUUAUAUUUCGGAACCAGAAAUAAUUAUUCCUAAUAAUAAUAAUUCACCAACGCCAAAUAAUAAUCUAACUCCAACACAAGCUGUUAUUGUAAACGGUAUAACACCAACUAUUCGAUUGUACUCAAUAGAAGAAACACCACAGCCACAAUCAAUUUUGUACACAAAUCCACCAACGAUAUCUCCCCGUGGAAAACCUCCCAGAUAUAGAAGUAUGUUCAGUAAUUCUCUAAGUCCUUUAACACCAAGUUUCGGAAUUCUUCCAUUGGAUAAUAACACUCCAGAACCUGCUGUUAUCCCUUCACAUGUCACUCUCACAGAGGCGAAUGAUCAAAAAAGCUUAGCCAAGAGAGUAAGCAGUUUUCGUGCUCAUGUAGGCCAAUUAAUGUCUAGAAAAGAUACUCCAUUGCAACAAGGAAAACCAGUUUUUUCUCAGUCCGGAAAUACUAGUAAUACUGCCAAUAUUGUAACCGUUACUCCAACGACACCAACUCCAACACCACCAGCGCUUCAAAAUACAAAUGUUCGACGAUCUUCUCGGCUUUUUAGCCACAGUUAUUCAGUUAAGGAAAACAAUAAAUCUCCGAAUAGAAAUAAAUUUGUGACGCCAAAGUCGCCGUCACGCAAGACCAAAGCCCGUUUAUCAAAGACUAAUUUAAACAAGACCUCAUUUAAUGAAUUGAAUGAACGAAAUAGAAAUGAGAAAGAAAAAAGUGAGACAAUAACUUCAGAAAAAAUGGUAGCAACAACUAAUGCAUUAAAUCAGACCAAUGCUACACACUGCGCUGUAAUGGUUCAAAAACAAUGUACUGAAGGAUUGAUGUCUCUUUUGAGAGACCUUGGCAUGGCUUAUCAACAUUUGAGUCAAUUUAACUGUUCACAAGCAGUAGAAAUUCUUUCAGUUUUACCAGAGCAUCAUUACACCACUGGUUGGGUAUUAUCGAUGCUGGCAAAAGCUCAUUUUGAGAUGAAUGAUUAUAAGACAGCUGCAAGCUUCUUUGCGGAAGUUAGACAACUGGAACCACAACGAAUGGAUCUGAUGGAAAUUUACAGCACGGUUCUAUGGCAUUUACACGCUGAGGUUCAGCUUUCAACAUUGGCUCAAGAACUUGUUUCUGAAGAUAGAAACUCACCAGCCGCUUGGUGUGCUACCGGAAAUCUUUUCUCAGCACAAACUGAACACGAGACAGCGAUAAAAUUCUUCCAGCGUGCUAUCCAAGUAGAUCCAAGUUUUCCUUAUGCUUAUACUCUACUUGGACACGAGUACGUGAUGACAGAGGAGCUUGAUAAAGCGAUAACAGCGUUUAGAAAUGCUAUAAGACUUGAUCCAAGGCAUUACAAUGCUUGGUUUGGUCUAGGGACCAUUUUUUCUAAACAAGAACAAUAUAGCCUAGCUGAAGUACACUUUAAACGUGCUCUUCAAAUCAAUCCUUAUCAUUCUGCUAUUAUGUGCCACAUUGGUGUUGUUCAACAUGCUCUUAAGAAAACUGAUCAAGCGCUACGAACUCUUAGUGCUGCUAUUGCUAAUGCUCCGAAUGAUACUCUCUGUAAGUUUCAUAGAGCUAGUAUUAACUUCUCUAUUGGACGAUACGCCGAUGCGCUAAAAGAAUUUGAAGAGCUGAAGAACAUUGCUCCCAAAGAGUCUCUAGUCUAUUAUUCAAUAGGAAAGAUUCAUAAAAAAUUAGGUAAUACUCAUUUAGCUUUGAUGUACUUUAGUUGGGCAACAGACUUAGAUCCCAAAGGUGUCAAUAGUCAAAUAAAAGAAGCUAUAUUAAGUCCUGGCCAAGGAGACGAAGAAACACCAGUAACGCAAUCAGGAAAUGAACCAUUAAAUAACAGUAUGACAGAACAAGAAAGCGACACAACGCGAGAAUUAACAGGUGAAGGGAGUGGACUCUCGAGAACUGUUAGUAUGGAAGCUCAUGCAGAUGAUAGCGAUGACAGUUUAUGAAGACUUCGAAUAAGUCGAAUAAAUAAUACCUUUACAACUCAGUUUAAUUCGACAACACGUCACUACACCCGACGACAGCUUCAGCGGCGACACCGUCAUCGACGAAUCCACUAAUUAAAAAAAAAAAAAAAAUUUAUAAACAGCUAUAAAUUCAUAACGGCAAAAAAAUUAAAACCCGUAUUAAUGUAAUCUUCUGUCAUCUAAAUAAUCGUAAAAAAGAUUUAUUAUUGAACUAAUUUUUAAAUUAAAUAGUCGCAGGUUGGACUUUAAAUUAAACUUAAUAACUAAUUGGAACUUUGAGUAAUAAUUUAAUUAUAGGAUAAAUUUUUUUAUGAUUCAAAAUCGUUUAUGUUUGAUAUGAGUUCAUGUUUGAUUGAAAAAACAGGAACAAAAGAGUGAAAUGAGUUAAACUUUUAUGCAAGAGUAUUGUUUAAAUGAUUGCGGAUUAUUCAAGACUGUUUCGCGAUUUAUUUCCUUUGAUAAUUGUACGCUGUGUGUUCUGUAUAUUUUAUACGUUAAAAAAAUUUUUUCCUUUUUUUGCAAUUCCAUCAACAAAAUACAUGAAUAUUAUUAAUAUUAAUUAUAUUAUUUGAACUAAUAAUAAUAGUAAUUGAGUGAUGGAUUUUUAAAUUAAAAUGUGGCUUGAAAAAAAAGGAAAAGAUAUGAGUCCUGUGUAAAUGUAAAUUAUUAUUAGUAAUAUUUUAUUGUUACGGUUAUUAUAAUGAUAAUAAUUAAUAAUUAGUUAUUUAAGAUAUUGCUGAAUAUGUCUGGGCUGUUAAAGAAGCCGUAUAAAAGUAAAAUAUAUGAGAGUGCAAUUGGAUUCGCGUUGUCGAUCGUUUAUGUUAACCAGCAAAAAGCAAAUAAAUAUUCAAAAAUAA